CGCGUAAGCUUCCUGCGUACGCGCACUCAGUGCAAAUUUUAUUUGCAGAAAUCGAUAAAUGAAAUCUGGUGCGCGAAAGUGCCGUGUAUUUUAUUUAAUUUAAGUGAAUACGAUAUUGUCGAUAAAUUCGUUUAGCAGCGACAGAAAAUUAAGUAGGAAAUAUGGCUUCUCGGGCCACCCGCGCCCUAGCCUUAUUGCUCGUAACAGGAUUCACACUAUCACAAGCAUUAACCUUGGAUGAAGAUGCUACCAACGAUGCCAUAGCUGCUUCAUCAGCCUCCGAAGAGAGGGAAGUAGCGAUACUCCUCAGAGGACCUCACGAAAAGGCUGCUCGACGGGAGGAGCUCUUACAUGGAAAAGUUACUGAUGAGAGUGCUUUCUCUCUGUUCUAUAAUAGCAAGAGUAAUAAAGUAUCCUUAGAGAGUCUUCAUGGUGGUCACCUCAAAUCAAUAUCAUGGGGUCUGGGGUCUCAUCCUCGAGAGACAUUACUUCUAGUUGUGACACACGAAAAAGUUAGGCUAUAUGUUGGCUGCCAACCCUUACAUUGGCACCCUAUGUCUGGUCGACAUGAUAUUCUUACGUUACUGGCUAAUAAGAAGUUUAAAUUGUAUCACGAAGAAAACGCACCAGUCGAUGUAUACGACAGUGAAAAGGCUGCGCUCAAGUCAUUAAACUGUGAUCACCAUGAACUUAGUCCACCAACACUCGUCACUGUAGAUUCUGAUGUAGAGGAAGUAAAAGAUUUCAUAGCACGAGAAGAAAGACUGAAAAGAGAAGAGAUGCAAGGAGAUGAUUAUCGAACUAAUUAUAUUGAUCCUAAUAUUCUGCCAACGCUUCCUCCACCUACACCGCCUGCAACUCAAAGGGGAGACAUUCCUAAUACAGAUAUUGAGUCUUGUGAUGACGAAGUUAUCCGCCAAUUAAAACUCCUUCGUCAAACCAUAGAACACUUACGCCGAGAGCUAGGUGACCAAAAGGGUCUGAUAGAUGGUCUACGGAACCAAAUGCGCGCGUGUUGUAAUCGCGCCAAUACUGCUGUUCCUGUUGAACGAUGCUCUGGCUCUUCAUGUUACCCUGGCGUGGAAUGUCGGAAUACGGCGACUGGUGUGCAAUGUGGUGCUUGUCCUCAAGGCAUGGAGGGAGAUGGGAAGAGAUGCAGACCAGUUACAUGUACUAGAGGAAGAUGCUCACAGUCUGAAUAUUGUGUCGACACGGAUCGUGGCUACCGCUGCGAGCGCUGUCCCGGGCGACAGACGAGUGACGGACAGACCUGUCGAACGGCGUGCAGUGCUAACCCUUGUUUUGGUGGACGUGUCCAAUGUAAUGAUAUGCCUGAUGGAAGCUAUCGUUGUGGCUCAUGUCCUGCUGGCUUUACUGGGAACGGGGAAGAAUGUGAAAGAAUUUCUUGCAGGCAGAUCUCUUGUUUCCAAGGCGUAGAAUGCCAGGAAACCUCAUCUGGUCCACGUUGUGGAUCCUGUCCCACAGGAUAUCUAGGAGAUGGGCAAAGGUGCCAACACAUCUGCGAGUCUAGACGACCUUGUGGUGAUAGACGAUGCACUCCUAGUAGUUCUAGUCCUUACUAUGAGUGUGAAGGCUGUCCUAAAGGGUAUGAGUGGAAUGGCUACACCUGCGUGGACAUGGACGAAUGCGAUCUAAUACGUCCCUGCGAUGAAAUGGUAUCCUGUCGUAAUGUGGACGGUGGGUUCAUCUGUGGUGCUUGUCCCCCCGGGUUCGAGGGGAGUGCGGGGUGGCGGGGCGCGGGGGACGAGAGGAGACGGGAGCAUUGCGUGGACGUGGACGAGUGUGCGGGGAGGGAACCGUGCCCUAGGGGGAGACUGUGUGUUAACACGCCUGGUUCGUUCACAUGCGUCCCAUGUGGCGGUCACUUCUACGUGAACACAUCCCGUCCGUGCAUCGACGCGGGUGAGCUAGUGCGGCGCUGCGACCCCGCGCGCUGCCGCCGGUACAACGCAGUGUGCGGCUUCGGGCAGGCGUGCGUAUGCGCGACUGGUUGGGCGGGUAACGGCACAGUGUGCGGUCCGGACCGUGAUUUGGACGGAUAUCCAGAUCACCAGCUGCCGUGUUCCGAACGGCACUGUGCUGCGGAUAACUGUCCGGAAGUGUCUAACUCCGGACAAGAGGAUGCGGAUCAGGAUGGACUUGGAGACUCGUGCGAUCCGGACGCGGAUGGGGAUGGAAUACCUAAUAUACCUGACAAUUGCCCCCUAAUUGCGAACCCGGACCAACUGGACCGGGACGAGGACCGCAGUGACAAGCGAGGAGAUGCUUGUGACAACUGUCCGCGCAAGUUCAACCCGGGACAAGAGGACGCGGACCGGGACGGGCUGGGGGAUGUGUGUGACCCGGAUAUGGAUAAUGAUGGUAUACCAAACGAGAACGACAACUGUCCGCGCGUAUACAAUCCCCUACAAGAGGACAUGGACAGUGACUACAUCGGUGACGUGUGCGACAACUGUCCGCGUGUGCGCAACCCCGCACAGGACGACGCGGACAGGGACAAUGUGGGCGAUGCGUGCGAUAGCGACGUGGAUAGGGACCAAGAUGGAAUCCAAGAUGGUCUGGACAAUUGUCCCAAUCUAGCGAACAGUGAUCAACAAGACGUGGAUGGUGAUGGCAAGGGAGACGCGUGUGAUGAUGACAUCGAUGGUGAUGGAAUACCUAACUUGGAAGAUAACUGUCCGUUGGUACAUAAUCCUGACCAACUUGAUACUAAUGGUGAUGGAAUUGGUGAUGUGUGUGAUAAUGACAAUGAUGGUGAUAAAGUCACAAAUGAUCUGGAUAACUGUCCAAACAACUCGAAGAUAUUCCGUACAGACUUCAGAAACUAUAUGACAGUACGUUUAGACCCAGAAGGCACAUCCCAACAGGACCCAAAUUGGGAAAUAGCUAACGAAGGAGCAGAAAUUAUACAAACACUAAACUCUGACCCGGGUUUGGCUGUGGGCUUCGAUAAUUUCGGUGGUGUCGACUUUGAAGGAACGUUCUUCGUUGAUUCACAGAUAGAUGAUGAUUAUGUUGGCUUUAUAUUUGGAUAUCAGAACAACAAACGAUUCUACGUAGUAAUGUGGAAGAAGAACACACAGACAUACUGGCAGACCACACCGUUUAGAGCAGUGGCUGAACCCGGGAUACAACUGAAGGUAGUGAAUUCGAAGACCGGUCCGGGCAAAACUUUGAGAAAUGCGCUAUGGAACACUGAGUCUACUCCUGAUCAGGUCACACUCCUCUGGAAAGAUCCUCGCAACGUAGGUUGGCGCGAAAAAACUGCCUACCGAUGGCGUUUACUUCACAGACCUAAAAUUGGUCUAAUUCGUCUUAAAAUCUAUGAAAAUAACCGUCUGGUCGCUGAUUCUGGGAAUGUAUAUGACUUUACUCUGAAGGGUGGAAGGCUUGGUGUGUUCUGCUUCUCGCAAGAGAUGAUCAUCUGGUCGAAUUUGGUUUAUAGGUGUAAUGACAAAAUUCCAUCCAACAUAGUGUCCGAACUGCCAACAAGACUACUGAAAAAGCUCGAAGUCGACCACGACUUUGUCUACGCUUAAUUUUUCUUAUAAGAUAAAUAUUUAGCUUCAAACUUAAUAAAAUCUUUAUGAAAGCAAAUAUUCUGAAGUUUAAAUCGAUCGAUAGUAAAAGUUUAAAGACCUUAAAGGCCAAGCUUGUUCGUUAAUAUUAAAUGUCUAAUCAUGAACGUCGUUAACACUUUUUCUUUUGAACUCUUUCGUUUUAAAAUUUUAACGUCUUCAAAAUGUGUCGCGAAUUAAUAACAGUGUUUUAAUUAUAUAAUUUUAAGUGGACAUUUGUAGUUGCUUUAAAUAUUUUAGCUUUAAUAUCCCCGUAACCAAAUAAUAAAUCCAAAUAUCCUUUAAUGUUUUUUUUUGAGUUUGAAGAGAUUAUAAUUUAAAAUAUAUUAGUGGGAAAGAGCAGGAGGAACUUCAUAUUUGAGUUAUUUUAUAAGUAAUAAGUAAACCUGUAUUUAUAUCGUAGAAUUUCGUGUAAGUACAACAAUAUUGCAUGAGAUUGUAAAUGAUGUUAAAAUAAGUAUAAAUUUUAAUAAAAGAGUCCAAGUUA